AUGGCCGCCUUAGGAAACAUGUCUAACGCGCCUGAGAGAUUCGAGCUAUUCAUUCUCGGAGAUGGCGAGAAGAAGUGUACUGAGGAAGCCGAUACGCGCACCCCCAACUCCUCGAUUUUUACCUUCAAUAAAGAAGACCACACUCUCGCCAACAUGUUGCGUGCUCACUUGUUGAAAGAUCCGCAUGUUAUAUUUUCUGGUUAUAAGAUUCCUCAUCCCCUCUUUUCCAAAUUCGAACUCAGAAUCCAAACUGAUGGUGAGAUAACUCCCAAGGAGGCUCUUGUCGCCUGUUGUCGUAACUUGGUAUCCGAACUUGAGGUUUUCAGUCGCGAAUUUACUAAGGAGUUUGAGUUACGAAAGAUGGUCAGCGGUGACGUCGCAGCUGCCGACAAAUAA